GAGUGGUAUUUAAAGUGUACCCAAAAUUUUCUCCACCGUACACUCCUCCACCACGUCUAUAUAAACCCUGGUACCAAACCCAAUCGACCAUUCUCCUUCUAUUCCUCUGCGUACCCAAAAAGUACCCCAAAACCCUUCCCUCUUUUCCAUUACAUUACAUUCUCUCAACAGCUCCCCAAACCCCCGCCCCUUCUCUAAGAGAGAGAGAGAGAGAGAGAGAGAGAGAGAUGAGCGCACUGCGCCCCACAUUCCCCCUCGCCGCCCCGAUCGGCGGCGGCGACGGGUUCCGCCGCGGCCGCGCCGGCGCCGCCGCGGCGGCGUCGUCGGCGUCGGCGGCGGCGUCGUCGGCGUCGGCGUCGGCGGGGGUGGGGGUGAGCUUGUACGAGGUGUUGGGGGUGGCGGAGGGGGAGGGGAGGGCGGAGGAGAUAAAGAGGGCGUACCGGCGCAUGGCGCGGCGACUCCACCCGGACGCGGCGGCGUCGCCCCCCGGCCGCGCCACCGCCGAGCAGGCGCGCCGCUUCAUCGCCGUUCGCGAGGCCUACGACACCCUCUCCGACCCCCACCGCCGCGCCCUCUACGACCGCUCCCUCGCCUCCUCGCCCUCCGCCUCUCAUCAGGAAUUGGACGAACGAUCGCAUUGGAGGAAGCAUUGGCAAGAUCAGAUCGCGGAGUUAUGUUGGAGGAGCAUCGACAAGGAUUCAGAGGAUAACUUAUCUUGGGGAGCUCGAAUGCGACGGAAAUGGGGUGAAUCAUUGAACUGAAUAGGUAAAAUUUUUCAGAGUCAUGAAAAUAAUGGUUUUUUAGUCGAAAUAUUCGGUCAUCUAUUUGUUUUUGUAGAUUUGAUGGAGUUGUGUUCCAUCAUUGUUUUGUUGUAUAUAAAAGAUUAUUGAGUAACUCAGAAACUUUCAUAUAUCUCGAGGAAUCUUGGAAUGUACCAUCUCUUCUUUUUUA